AGCCACUCUUUGACAAACCGAGCGCGAUCUGGUAGCGCCGUUCGGAACAUAUGUUCAGUUGACUGGUAGAUAGAAGAAGCACAGAUGCGGCGCCUGGUGCGAAAUUGGAAUUGCCGAUUGUUAUUCAACGCCAAAUCCGGCCAAGAAAUUGUGAGACAUGCCGGAACUCACCAGGAGGCCAAGAUCAGUGCGGAUCCCAAGGAUAAGAAAGCGGUUGAGGUGGACAAGAAUGGAUACGGGGCCAAACAUUGCAUGAGUCUAGUGGAGAAAUACGACUACGAGAACUACCUGUGCACCCUGCUCCUGCCGCGGGAACUGCGACGUGCUGCCUUCGCCCUGCGGGCAUUCAAUGUGGAGGUCUCCAGAUCGGUCAGCGGCCAUCAAAUUGAGCCGCAAAUAGCGAAAAUGCGCCUUAAGUUCUGGCACGACUCCAUAGAUAAGUGCUUUGAGCCGGAUUCCCAACGGUCCUACGUGGAGGACCAGCCUGUCCUGCGCGAACUGAAACACACGGUGGGCAGUCGCAAGCUUAAUAAGGUCUAUUUGCGUCGUCUGGUCACAGCACGUGAACGUCCGCCCACCCAUGCAUUUCAGUCGAUACGCGAGCUGGAGGAGUACACGGAACAGACCUUCUCCUCGCUACUGCUCCUGCUGUUGGAGGUGGGCGGAGUACGUGACCUAAAUGCCGAUCAUGCCGCCUCCCACUUGGGCAAAGCCCAGGGCAUCGCCACUCUGCUGCGAUCCAUACCGCUGGCAGGACGUCAGCAGGCGCCUUGCAUCCCGCUCGAGGUGCUAGUGUCGCAUGGCGUUAGUCAGGAGCGCAUCAUUCGCUCCAAGAGCGACGACAAGGGUGUCGAGGACUGCAUAUUCGAUGUGGCCAGUGCCGCUAAUACGCACCUGAAGCUCGCCAGGCAGCUUCACGAUAAGGUGCCGCCGCAGGUGCGCAAGAUCUUCCUCUCCGCCGUGGCCACAGAUGCAUACUUGGAGCGCCUGCGCCGUGCUAACUUCCUGCUGACCCACAAGAGCUGCGUAGGCCGCGACACCUUACUGCCAGCACGUUUAUUCUGGAAGUCGCUGUUUAAUCGGUUCUGAGAGCGAAAGUAGUACAAAAAAAGCUUUAUUGUUGACUUCUUUAAUAAAAACCACUAUAAAAUA